AUGAGCUUACUCCCCCCCUCCGUGAGUGAAAAAAACCAUUAGAAAAAUCGCUAUUUUUUGACCAAAAACCCACCCUCCGUGAGUGAACAAAAAUUUUUUUAAUAGAAAAAUUUUUAUGGAAAAAAUUUUUGAUAUAUAAAUGAUAAUUAGUAUAAUGAAAUCUAGAGCUAAUUCUAUUUAAUUUUGAACGAAUUGCUUUUUGAAACAUAAAUUUUAUAAAUUAAAUUAAUAUUUGCUUUCCAAUUUUUACGAAUUAGGAUUUUUUUAAAUUUCGAAAAAAAUUAUUUUUUAUAAAAUUUAUAUAUAAAUUUUUUUUAAAAAAAAAAAAUUAACCCCCCUCCGUGAGUGAACAAAAUUUUUUUGUUCACUAACGGAGGGGGGGCGAGUUAGGAAAUCUAAGUGCUGUUGUUAAGAUUGAUGAAAUGGAGCCGGAAAUGAAAGAUUUUGCUAUAGAAACAGCAAUUAAUGCAAUUUCAGGUAAAAGCACGGAAAAAGAAAUUGCUUCGCAUAUUAAGAAAAUAUUUGAAGAUAGGUAUCAGCCACACUGGCAUUGCAUUGUGGGAAGACACUUCGGAGCUCAUGUGACAUUUGAGGCGCGAAAUUAUAUUUAUUUUUAUAUAGGCCCAAUUGGAAUUCUCCUUUUUAAAAGUGCCUAA